UAUCUUCACGAUGGACGAUGGCAAAGACACCUAUCUAAUACAACAAAAGAAGGAACUAGAAAAACGAAUAUACUGAAGGCUUUUUCGUUGUACAUAUUCUUCAGGGCAUAUCAAAGAGAGAAAUGUGUACCCUAGGGAAGCAGUACAACAAAAAGGCCUUUCUCAUGACCGCGUGUUUGUCCUGCUCUCUUCAUUGUUUUGUUUGCAAUCAGUUCACCAGUAAUCCGUCCUUCGCAGUCAACUAAAAAAAAAAAAAUGUCACACAGAUCACAAGAUCUACCUCUUAUUGGUACAUAAUAAUAAUAUAUACUUACUGGAUUUAUUUUAUAUAAACAGGAGAUAGCCUCAUUAAAUGGUAGAGGGAGAAGGAAGAUAUCCUUCUCUCACUCUCCUCUUCCUUCUCAUUUCUCCCUUUCGUCAUUUCCUCAUUAAACCUACUAGUUCCCUCAUACAUAAUACUUUACCAAUCCCAGUAUCAGGAAAUCGAACACAAAGCAUGUAAAACAAUCCGAUAAGGAAGAAAACGAGUCAUGGAAAAUGAUGUCAUAGAAAACGGGAUACAGUUCACACCGGGGGACCCUCGUGGUAUUUACGGCGCUUGCAAAGAUGUCAACAUUUCUUUCAUCUACCAUGUUGAGGGCACAUGUGAUGGCCGGAUGUCCCUCCCCCUCAUGGUCGUCAUGUUGGUUCUGGGAUUCAUCACUUUCUUCGUCAACCUCGGAGUCAUCAUCAGAACCAUCAAGAUCCUGCGCCACGGCCAUGACAACAAACCCGCCUUCUAUUUUAUAGGAAAUCUCGCCCUAAGUGACCUGGCUAUUGGUCUGUAUGUGAUUAUUGCUUUUCUGAUGCACAUGACUCGCAGAGGUGACCUUUGGCAGCAGACAACGUGUACAUUGCAAAUAGCCGUUGCGGUGACAGCCUGUCAGGAGACAAUCUUCACCAUUGUACUGAUAGCGGUAGAUAAAUACCUUUAUAUCUGCCACGGCCUCAAGUAUCACCAGAUUGUCACAACCAACAGAGUAUAUGCUGCCGUCAUGGUCUCCUGGGUUCUGUCCCUUAUCAUAGGUUGGCUUCCGGCCAUGGGGAUGCAGAUGAGCUGGGAGGAGUCGUGUAGUCGCUGUGCUUUCGCUCAAGUUAUAUCGCCGAACUUCUCCAUUAUUUUUUUCAUUACGUCUGUGGCUUUUCCCUACGCCGUGGUGGUGACGCUGUACACGAUGCUGCUCGUGCUGGCGAUCAAGAUGCAGAAGUCGCGCUACGGGGGCUCCUACACCGGCCGGUCCUCCGCCAGGUCGUCGAACUUCAGACUCUCUCUCAUGUCGAAGAAGUCUGCCAAGUCCACCAAGUCCAACUCAACAACCACCACGACCAGCUCCUCGAGUGGAUCCCUGAAGAAGGCUGGCCGGCGGCAGAUGCGGCGGAAGGCCCUGGAGGAGUACAAGGCUACCCUGCCGGACUUCGCCGAGCGGGACGUCACGACCAAGCUGAUUGCGUACAGAUCGGUGUCCGGGGAGGAGGAGGCGACGGCGGGCGGGCCGAAGGGAGGGGGAGGUAAUGCUGUGGUGGAUGGUUAUAACGCCGAAGGAGGAGGGAGACAGGAAAAUGAAGUCUUGUACAAAAAUGCGGAUGACGAUCAGACGAGAGAUUCACAAGAAGAUGGGAAUAAAGUGGACAGACCUUAUACUACUGAGGAAGAAAUUCCAUACAUUUCGCCAAAGAACGCUGAAGAUGAUAUCGAAAGUGAACGAGACGAUUGUGUAAAUGAAGGAAUGGUAGAACAAGAUGAAAUAGUGACAAAUACUGACGAAGUACAAAAUGAAGAAAAGGACGACAGCCAUACUGAUCAAGAACAAGAACAGGCACAAGAACGUUCGUCAGCGAACAUAGAAAACUCUCCCGAACCUCGUGAAACGGACGAAAAAUCAGGUAACCGAGACAGCAUUGAGUCCUCAGAAGUAUCCCCUCCUACAAAGAUGACAGACGAAGAAAACGGCGGCGCAGAGAAAACGGAAGACAGCGCAUCUAGAAGGAGGACUUGGCUACCCACGAAAUACUUUAAUCGAGUCAUGACAGAUACGAGAGACAAAGUCCUCUUCCUCAAGAAAUGCCGAGCCGUCAAAACUGUCAUCCUCAUCAUCGGUUCAUUUACAGCUACAUACGUCCCCUUCGUUGUAGGCGUCAUGGUCUAUUGCCUCGAAGAAAAGAAAAGGGAAUGCCUUUUACACCUGCUGAACACCUUGCUGUACUGUGGCGUUGUGGCGAACUCCCUGGCCAACCCGAUGCUGUAUGCUUACGGGUACAGGGAAUUCAGACUCAAAACUAGGAGGUUUAAGGGCGUCUUUGCGAGGGAGAGAACGAGGGUUGUGGCUUGAUUUGUUUUAUAACUAGAAAAAAACAGUUUAUAUUUAGGUAUUGUAAAUAUUUUGAAAUUCGGAUACGGUAGAAGUUUACAAUCCUUGCCGAAAUCCCCAACUCAAGCUAAUAACCUUGGUGGAUUCCAUGGGGGUUAUGGGAAUUUUGUCAAGUAAAAGAAAAAUGAGAAAGUGGAAAACUCCAGCCAAGUAACAAAUAGAAAAAUCCGGGCACGGAAGAUCCGACCGGGGCCCUCGGUGAACGCAUAAAUGAAUGAACCAUCCUAAAGGCACAAAUUACCACAAAGGUUGGCUUUGCCCCCGGACCCCUCCUGAUCGCCGCUUCUCCGUAGACGGAGCUCCGCAACGGGACCACUUCACAAUCACAAUCACUUCAUUUACUUAGCUCCUUUCUAAUCUCUGUGUUUCCUACCCGACAGCUUCAACCAUUUAAAAAUGCAACUUCGGUUUACGUUAUGGUGAAGCGAAGGGUUGUUGGGAAGUGACGGACUUCUGCAGCUGCUACACGAGUAUUUUACUUCACUGAAUGUCGCGUUAUCUUUGAGAGCGUAACAAUACCGUUGAGUUUCUUCUUCUUUUUCUUCUUCUUCUUGGUUAUCAAUCAGCGGCAUGUUUUCACCUGAAUAUCGAUCAAGAAUUCGGAAAUACAAGUAGCACUGUAAGCAAACUUCUCUCCUUAAGCGAGCGACCUGUCAAGAGAGAACUGUCAAAUUUGCCGGUAGAUGACUCUGCAUGCGCAACAUACGAAUGUACAAGCAUUUCUAAUAAAAGUACGUAAACGUGUAAGGUUUGCAGAAGAGUUUAAAGAAAUUACACUUAUAAGGUUUGCUAAUUUCCUGCAAUACAUUUUCGUCGAUUGCCUCGCAUCGGUUCGCUUCUACAGAGUAACUUAAAUAUCAAUAAAUAUAGUUCUUCAUUGUCUACAGUACUACUAUCUUGGAGUUCCUCUAAUAAUUUCUUUAAUAGUUUCUCUAAUCUUAAUAUUAACAAAAUCAUUUGACACUGGGACAAAUAC